AUGCGUUUCACCCUCCUCGCCCUCCCCACAGCCCUACUCACAGGCGUAGCCUCCGCCCAAGCCGCCAACUGCUGGGGCAAAGCCCUAAACGCGCCGCUCGAAGGCAUCGAAUACACGAUCAAGAAAAUGGACGAGAUCUGCACCGCAGAGGACCAAUUCUACCCGAACGGGGACAACCCGAAAUUCCUGUGGCUGCAGGCCAACAGGUGCGAGGAGGUUACCUGCUACAAAGGAACGCAGGUGCGCUGGUGCAAUGAGGACACCGUGUGGGAUCGCGACAUUGCGAUGCAGAAUAUCGUUGAUGGGGUCCAUGUCCUUCUUCGGGAGUGCAUGCAUUUGGUCGACGGCGAGCUUACUUCUGGUGGUAUGCUUUCCCACCCUGACCAGUGGAGUAUCAUCCUGCAGGGGGAGGACGAGUGUAAGGGGAAGAAGUAG